AGACUUAAUUUCAUCGUCGCAGGGCUGGUGGUGGCGCUGUGCUGGCUCGGCACGGCCGCGGCGUCGCCCGCCCGCCUGGUGGAGGCCGCCGGCCUGGACCUGACGCUGCUGCACGUCAACGACAUGCACGCCCGCUACGAGCAGACCAACGCCCUGUCCGGGUCGUGCUCGGACAAGGACGCGCAGGCGGGCCACUGCUACGGCGGCCAGGCGCGGGUCGCCACCAUCGUCAAGCAGGCGCGCGCCGCCGACCCCAACGUGCUCGUCCUCAACGCGGGCGACAUGUACCAGGGGACAGUUUACUACUCCGUCUUCAAGUCCAGCAUUUCUGCUGAGUUCAUCAACAUUAUGAAGUACGACGCCAUCACCUUGGGCAACCACGAGUUUGACGACAAGACGGUCGGGCUCGUGCCCUUCAUAGAGCAGCUGAAGGUGCCGCUGGUGGUGGCCAACGCGGACUUCAGUCAGCAGCCGGAGCUGAACAAGCUCAACAUCAAGAAGUCCGUCGUGGUCGAGAAAGGCGGCGUCAAGAUCGGCAUCAUCGGCUACCUGACGCCCGAAACGGCCUUCCUGUCCAGCCCCGAGAACGUCGUGUUCCUGGACGAGGUGGAGGCCCUGAAGGCGGAGGCCGCGGCCCUCAAGGCGCAGGGCGUCAACAUCAUCAUCGGCCUCGGACACUCGGGCUACGACAAGGAUAAGGUGAUCGCCAGGAAGGUCCCGGACAUCGACAUCGUGGUCGGCGGCCACAGCCACUCGUUCCUGUUCGGCAAGAGCGCCACGGACGCGCCGCCCGACUCGGACGUGCCCGUCGGCCUCUACCCGACGUGGAUCGAGCAGGCCUCGGGGCGCAAGGUGCCCGUCGUGCAGGCCUACGCCUUCACCAAGUACAUGGGCAGCCUCAAGCUCAAGUUCGACGCCAACGGCGAGCUCACGAAUCUCGAGGGCGGGCCGAUCCUCCUGAACAAGGACGUCGAGGAAGACAAGGACACCCUGGCCGAGGUCCUGAAGUGGAAGAGCCAGCUGGACGAGAAGGUGCUGCAGCCCAUCGGCCGCACCACCGUGCUGCUCGACGGCAGCUCGUGCCGGAGGCAGGAGUGCAACCUGGGCAACCUCAUCGCGGACGCCUUCGUCUACUCGCGCGCGGUCAACGUCCGCUCCGAGAAGGGCUGGACCGACGCCGCCAUCGCCCUCGUCAACGGCGGCUCCAUCCGCGAGUCCAUCGACGCGUCGUCCGUCGGCGGCACCAUCACGCUCAAGGACGUGAUGGAGGUCAUGCCCUUCGACAACCUGGAGGUGCUGCUCAGGAUCCGGGGUACGGUGCUGCUCCAGGCGCUCGAGCACGGCGUCAGCGAGUACGUCCCCGGCCAGGCGUGGAAGGGGGCCUUCCUGCAGCUCUCCGGAGUUCACGUGGUGUACGACGUGAGCCGGCCGGCCGGGCAACGGGUGGUGAGCGCGGAGGUGCGCUGCGAGAGCUGCACCAUCCCGUCGUACGCCGCCCUGGACCCAAACGCGCUCUACGGCGUGAUCGUGAGCGGCUUCCUCGCCGGCGGCGGCGACGGCUUCAGCAUGCUGGAGAACAACGAGGGCGCAUUGAGGCUGGAGAACACGGCCACCGGUUGCACCGCACCAAGGCCCUGGCCCUGA